AUGCGGGAGUUCCACGUGGAGGAUGCCACACAAAGUAAUUUACCAACAUCAGUGUUUCUCAUCGGGUAUAUCGUCGGGCCACUUGCGUUUAGUCCCCUGAGCGAGACCGUCGGACGGCGGCUGGUGCUGCUGCCUACUAUUACCGUGUUUACUCUGUCGACCGUAGCAUGUGCGUUGAGUCCAAAUUGGGGAUCGCUACUCUUCUUUCGUUUCAUCUGUGGAACCAUGGGCUCUGCGCCUCAGACUGUUGUGGGUGGCGUAUAUGCAGACAUGUUCUUUGAUCUCAGAGAAAGAGGUAGAGUGAUGGCAUUCUAUAUGGCGUCAGCUAGUUUCGGACCCAUUCUUGGUCCGAUUAUAUCGGGUUUUGCAUCGCCCUCUUAUGGCUGGAGAUGGACGUUCUGGAUUGCUUCCAUCCUAGCGGGCUGUGCUUGGAUCUGCCUUCUCUUUAUGCCCGAGACCUUCGGGCCGGUUUUGACGAGACGCAAUGCAACUGGAAUGGAGGAUACAGUUUCAAAGAACACUGUCAAUGUUGUUCAGAUUGUCAAGCGACCUUUGGCUAUGCUGCUCUUCGAACCCAUUAUCACCUUCACUUCGAUAUAUAUCGCGCUGGCUUACGGUCUUGUCUUCUUCUAUUUUCAAGCUUAUCCAAUAAUUUUUGAGGGUGUUUACGGCUUCGAUGUGAAGACAACCUCUCUUGCUUUUCUACCUGGUAGGUACAUCACCCAUGUCCUCGGAACCACGCUAAUAGAGAUAGUCGGCAUCGGUGCAGCCUCCACCAGUCUCGUCGCCCUCUACUGGGAUAUGACCUACGACAAAGCCAAGAAACGCAACAAGCCAUGGCGCUUCGGUGCAGAACUCCACAGACUCCCUAUCUCCUGUCUCGGCGCCGUCCUCCUCACAGCCAGCUCGUUCUGGCUUGCCUGGACCUCCCGAUCAGAGUUCCACUGGGCAGUUCCCAUCGCCUCUGGCGUAGUGUUCGGUUUCGGCUACCAGACUAUCUUCGUCUCCCUGUUGACGUACGUGACCGAUGCUUACAAGAUAUACUCUGCCAGCGCGCUCGCCAGCUCGGUCAUCCUGCGCAGUGUUCUUGGGGCGCUGUUGCCGCUGGCUGCUAAGCCGAUGUACGAGACGUUGGGGGUGAGUUGGGCGACCUCGCUGGUUGGAUUUCUGAGUCUGGCGUGUGUGCCCAUUCCGUUUGUGCUCUUGUACAAGGGGGAGUGGGUGAGAGAGAGGAGUAAAUUCUGUCAGCAGCUGAUGAAGCAGGAAUGGGCGAAGGGAAGCUCAGACACAGAGCGUGGAAUACAGGGUUGA